AUUAUUGUCUGGUUUAGAGCCGUUUAGCGUAUGGAAAUUCGUCGGCGCUAUCGAAACGCGCGUUCGAUUAUCGGCGUGCACGGGACUAUCGAUGGCGGACGGGUCCGCCGCCACCGCCGUCGCUACCAAUUCGGGUGCGUGCGGUUCCUGCCGACAGGACUCCGAUCUCUUUGCCCGCUUCUUCUCAGUUAUUUUGUGCGUUACCCACGCGCCACCAGUAUUGCAUCACUUUUGACCGCCACCACCGCCUGCCAGUCCCGUCCUGCGAGCCGCAUACGAAUUUCGUACACAAUAUAUAGUUCAGCAUUUGAUUUCGUCGAUCAAUUUGUUGUUCGCCUACACGCGAUCGCUGCGAUGCAACUAAAACCCGAGCACGUUCCGACCGGAUUCCGUAUUAACUGGAUGAGUUUGAUGGACGACGAUACGGGAGUGAUGUUGUGGUACACCAGUCACGAUUACGCGAAGCUCGAUAUUAAAUACGAAGCUGUAAUUUCUAAAAAAGCAUUGGAUUGCAGAGCUGUGACCAGGACUAUAGGCUUCACGUCCACGCAUCGAAUAGAUCAUCUCAAGAUAAAACACAAGGAGUUUUUACUGGGCCGUUGUGUUGAAGAGUGGGAUUCCGAGUUUGGUACUGUUUUAGCCAAUUUAAAUGAAACUUGGGAAACUACUUUUAUACCUAAACGAGAAAUUACAUCGUCUUCUGCAAAUAUUUUAAGUGGUAAUUUGUUGGUAGAAACAAGUUUCUAUGAUGGUGAUAAAUUGAUAACGACAAUAAAUAUCUUAAUGUUUUAUGAAUAAACAUCAUAGUACCUAUUCAAUUUGGAUGCAGAUUGACAAUUUUACUUUACACGUCAUCAGAAACGAGUGAUUUGUUCUUAUAAUCUUGUCUAAUUUAAAAAAAUUUAAUUUUAAACCUGUUACUUUAAUCACAUUUUUUUUUAAACCUAAAUGCACUAAGUUCUAAAGUUGAAUUAUUAUGAAUAAAAAUGUUGUAUUAAAAUAUUUAU